AAAAUAUUGAAAGAUGUUGGUCAUGCUGUUUUCAACUUUAAAUUAGACCCGGGAGGAGGAACACAGUAAUGUCGGACAUGUUCACCUGCUGUGUGUGUGGCAGUGUCAGCUACGCUAUCCUGGAUUUUCUCAAUCACAAAGCACAACAUGCAGCCCCAGGUGCAGGUAUACACUGUGAAUUCUGUCAGAUAUCGUACGCUAGAUAUAUCACACUGAAGGAGCACUAUCGUACCAAACACAAGAUUGUGUUCUCUGACGAAGGCAGUCAAAACAGGUUAGCUAGAAGUCGCCAGUACAAGCGCAGGAAAAAGACAGACAGUGAACAAAUUCAGUUAGUGGCAGAAAACAUUGAUCAAGUUUCACGAGUGGAAGAUGGUUUUGUUGUCAUGGAAAAGAAGUCAGAUUUUGAUGACAUUGUCAACAACAUGGAACACACCUCACAGCAAAUCACCAACAUGCAGGAUAUCACUGAGAAGAGUUCUGGUCUUAAUAUCGUACCCACUGGUGAAGGACUGGUGUCUACAGCUGUAAUCAUCAUGACGAGUCAUAACGAAAAUAUCAUCCCUAAUAAAGGUUUGGAUACUCAUCCCAUCUCACAUCUUUUAGAGUCCAGUACAGAUGCAAACUUCAAUUCGUCAGCACUAUCCUGUGACAUGCCUCCUUCAGGGACGGAUAUAGUGGAAGCACGCUUAGUACAGGGACCAAAUCAUCCUCACGACCAUGAAGAGUUCUUAUUCAAUGAUCAAAAUGCAGUACAUGUAGUGAUGGAGAGAAGUAAUCACGACAGCAUGAUGACAAAUGGAAUCUGUUCUCUUAUGACGACAUCAGACAUCCAAGAUAAAAGCUCUGGGUUGUCCCAAGGCUAUGAUGACUUUAACAUGACUGCAGGAAAUGUUCAACUACCCUAUGGUAUGCAGCACCCUGGAGAUUUAUGUGAGCUAGAACAGAUGGAUAAUGAUUCUUCUGUCCAUGUGAUCGUGGAGAAAAGUGACUCGCUGAGUAAUCACCCCUUGGUCAGCAAUGGUGAGUUAAUGAAUCUGUGUAGUGGGGACAGCAAUGGAAACCUCAUCUCACAUCAGCUAGAUCAGACAGAGACUGAACUCAUGUCUGGCACUCCUUUACUAGACAAAUCAGUAACAGACGACUUCCACUUCAUACUGUUGACAGAUUUAGUGGAGGGUAGCUCUAUUACAUACGGUAAACAGGCGUUCCGGUGUCUGCACUGUGAGUUCCAGAGUUGUUGGAAGAGUGGACUGUGUCGACACAUGCGAGAGGAACACCCGGAGACGCUGUCUCUCCAUCAAGCCAUUCAGAUAAAAACAGCACACACAGACAGCAAUAGAACAGUGAUGAAAAUGUCGGAGUAUACAGCCAUGCAGGUGAUGUGGAAAAACAAGACCGCUCAUCCACGGUCACGUGGUGUGGAGAAACAGGAUCUUCCAGGUAACUUCACCUGUCCAAAGUGUGACAAAGUGUUCAAUAGACUGCGAUAUUUGAGGAAGCAUCAGAUUGUUCACCGUACCGACCAGAAAUUUCUCUGCGAUGAAUGUGGAAAAGCGUUCAAAACAAGAGCAUAUUUAAAUCAACAUAGGAAAAUUCACAAAAAGGAAGCAUAUAAUUGUAACCAGUGUGACUUCACUUCCUCCAUAAACACAGUGAUCCACGAACACAGACAGAUCCACAACAAGGGGUGUGUGCUGUGUGAUGUAUGUGGCACAGCCUACUUUGACAAAUCUACUCUUGCCAAACACAAAUCUGUUCAUGACAUGAGUCGUCCAUUUCCCUGUACAUACCCAGGAUGCACCUGGCGCUUCAGAAAUGAGGUAAUGUGUCGUGCACAUAUUAGGAAUCACACAACAAAAGGUAAAUUCAAGUGCACAAUCUGUGGCUAUGUUUUUAGACAUAAACAUCACCUGCAGAGACAUGAGGAGAAAAUGCAUGGCAUAGUGAUUCCAAAAACAUGGUCAAAGAAAAAUGUAGAGGAAACAAAGUUGGACACGGUUGAAGAAAUAACAGACACGGUCAAUCUUAUUGUAGACCCAGAUAUUAGCUCUGAUCAUCUGAAUCUCCAAAAUGCUUUGCACACGAACCAGCUAGUGAUUGCCACAGACAGUGAGGGGAACACAAUUAACUAUGAAGUGGCAGAUAUCGCAAUGAAUGUGGCUUACCAGACACUACUGGCGGGGACAGAUGGACAAUCAGUGGACACUCACACCAUCCUCAUACCUCACCAGUCCAACGACUGUAGCCACAUCGUACUACAGCAGGAGACAGAAUCUAUCACAGAAACUGUGCAAUAGUCAAACCAUGCUAAGAGAUUCAAUGUAUCUUGCCCUAGAAACUAAAUUAAUUUUGUUUAAGAAAGUCUGAAACUAAAUUAAUUCUUGUUUUAAAAACUAAUAAUUGAUAUUGAUUACAAACUUAAAAACAAAAUAUUGUUUUAAAAACUGAAUUUACCAGUAUAUUGUUUGAUUAAUCUUGUUUCUAAUACAGAUAAUGUAUACAGAUUUAUUUUUGUUUUAGAAAUUGAAUUAAUAUUCAUAAACAAAAUUACCAGACCUUAAUACUUUUUCCUAAACGCUACAUUGAUCUGUGUUUAAAACUAAAGUAAUGUUGUUUCAGAAAUUAAAAUUAAAUUAUAACUUUGAUAACUCUAUAGCUAUAGACUCAUGACAUGUAAGGUCCUAAUAACAAAGUAAUUAUUCAGCAUUCAUAUAUAUUUGGAUUGUCAAAGAUCGCAGGUUUGAGACCUAUGUGGGCAUGCACAGUUGCCAGGUACUGGCUGUAGGUCGGUGUUUUUUUCUCCAGGAACUCCAGCUUUCCUCCACCACCAAAACCUGGCACAUCCUUAAAUCAAUGUAGUUGUUAAUAGGAAUUAAAACACAAACAAACAAAAGUCAAAGAUAACUUUCAAGCAAAAAGCAAUUAAAAACUCAUAUCUGAAAAAAAUUGUGUGUCAGGCUAACACAACUUGACAUUACUGGUUUCUUGCAUUAAAUCAUUGUUAUAAAUGUUUUUGUCACUAAUUUAGUAUUCCUACCAGUAUCAAUACAUGUCACAUUGUGUGAUGAGUGUAUGGAACAGUUAACCCGCCAUGCAUACAGGUUGAAAAUGAAGCAGGGCUAGAAAUUAAUAACGUGAUGCAAUCAUUGGUGUUUCAGACAGAUACCAAUAUUAUUACAAACUUGAUACUGACUUUGAUUUCAGUCCCUAUAAAUCAGCAUAACAGAGUCUAAACCUAAGUGUAUUGCAUCCAGAACUCAGUUGUAUUGCAGUAUGUAUACACAUGGUGCAGUUAGGAAUAAACUGAAAGCAUAUGUGCAACCUAUUUUUACUGAUUUUGUUGUUUCAAAUGUAAAUCAAUCUGUACUAUAGCUAGAACAUGUUCUUCCAGAAUCAAUAUAUAAAUUUGAUCUAAAACCUUCAAUUGAUAUUUUAAUGACAUAAUCCAAUCAAAGCACUGUAUCCUAUUACUGUAUUUAUCCAGCAAUAAGCCCAUCCAUUUCUAUAACAGUUCAGUAGAAAUGGCAUAUACACCCACUUUACUUUCAAAAUUAAAAGUCAAAGAUUAUGUGUUGGACCUAUGGGCUUUUUGCAGGAUAAAUACGGUAAUUGUAACAUAUAUUAUGAUACAUGUAGGAUAUUUUAGACAUGUUCUUUUGUUUACAUGGUAUGAUCAUUUUGUGUAGGAAAAUUAUUCAUUCUCUUUUGAUAUUCUUUGAAAAUUCUCUAAAAUGUGCAUACAACACAAUCGUUGGACUGCCAGAGUCUAUCUUGUACAAAUACCUCAUCUCAAAAUUAUGUAUAUAUUUAUGCAAAUGCUCAUAUGUUUAACCUCAUUUGAAUUUCCGUCCUCGUGUUACAAAAGUUACUAAAACUUUCUAAUGCUGUAUUUCAAAUUAUACUUUGUGUCUUGUAACAUAUAUAUGACACCUGCAUGUAUCUGUUUGGAAACAAACCUCUAUACAUAUGGUUUAUGCACUGUUUACCAUAAACAACAGUAACAAUAUAUUGAUUAAGCCCAGGAUUUUUUUUUUUAAAGGGUAUUUUCAAAAUGUUCAUUUUCCGUUUUUUUUUUAAUUCAAGAUUUAAAGAAGGAAAAAGAGUUUUAAUCUUGUUAAAAUGUAUUAUUUAAUUGAGAGAUAUUUAAAACUGGGAUUGUCUUUCCAUGAAAAUGUAUUUAUCCCAAAGUUCUUUUGCUUUUUCCUAGCAUAACAAAAUAUCAUCAAUACCGGUAUGUUAUAUAACUGUUUUAGACAUAAAGAGAAAAUGUUGUCUUUAGCUGUGUAACAUUAGUUGACAGACACUAAGUUUACUUUUGUUUUAACAGAAAGCAUACUAAGUCCUUUUCUUGUUGAAUUUACAUAUUACAUAGCAAUAAAGUAUGAUAAAAUCAGCCAUAAACACAGCAUAACAAUAGCUUCGUUGUUAAUGGAAAUACCACUUUCCAGUAAAUAGUACCAGUCUGGUGCUCUGAACUUUACAAUAUAUUUAACUGGUAUUUCUUGCAUCAAUAGAAUGUGCUAAACUUCAUUUUUAUGAUACAAGUCACGGUCAUCAAACUUUGACAUUGAAAUGUAGGUCUCUCUGACCUAUCUGUUAAGCUUAACUUCAUGACUUUGAUUAAAAUGUAUUUCUCUCAUAUCCGGUCAUGUUAGAUAACGCUGGCCAUGUAUACAUGGGCGUGAAGUCACAAUGGCUUGACAAUGACGUGAAGUUACAAAUUUGGAACUCUCCGAUGUCGCAAUACAAAAGGCGACGUGAUGAAAUUAAAAACCUUUAAUGAUAUAUUUACUGUGCAUGUUAGAAAGUUGUGAUUUAUUUUCCUGCGCAAACUCUGUUUGCCAAUAUGGGUAUGCUAAAUCUGGCUGAUCGAUUUGUUUUCAUCUAAAAAGCUCAGGGGGAAAAAUUGAUAUUUUCAAAAUAGUGGCCAGUCCAAACGCAUUUCAUGUGGUUGGAAUGAGA